UAUCUAUAAAAUGGCGGAAAUGGUUCUGCAAGUUUGUAGGUUUAGCUAGCUAUUUUUGUUGGUCUGCUAGCUUUAGCUUGCUAGCAACAUUUGCGGAGAUGUGGGAAUUCAAACGAGAAAGAAAGUCGUCGCUUUUUGAUCUAUUAGGUGCGACUUGGUUUUGUGGAACUCUGUUCUCAGGCGAUAUUAUGAUUUUCACCACCUCUUUGUUAUUAUUAGUCGACCCGUAGUGGACAACAGGAUCUGUUAUUUAUAAACUCCGAUGCCCGUAAGCUAAGCUAUCUAGCUAACAGUUAUUGAAACUCAAAUUCAGAGGCAAGAUGGAGGACGCAAGGACGAGGUGUUUUUCCACGUAUAAUUAUGGUAGCUUAUGGGAGCUUCCGGGAGUCACCCACUCGUAAAAUGUUUUGUCAUUAUUAGCACGUAGUAUUUUAAUUAAAUCGAACAAGUCGCCGCCGUGACAUGAGAUUCGUGCGAAUGACAUCAAAACAAAUAUGGAGAAUCACGAGAACUGCCUCUUGAGUGGGUCCAAGAUGGAGAUUUGUCUCCUCUGUGAUUCUCCCUUGCUAAUGUUAGUUAAUCGUCAGUUACAGCCACUGGUUUCAUAUUAAGCUCUUCGGAGUCUUACACGAUUUAACGCAAAUGUUACGUUGUGCGAUAAGAAGGCAUGCGUGUGUCCAAGGAAACGGUAUACUUCCAUAGCCAGUGUUAAAUCAGGAGGAAAUAGGCUUAGUGGGUAUUGCUAACCAGCUAGCUAGCCUGGUUGCUAGCAUAGCUAGUUAACAUUAGCAGGGGAAACCAACAGUAUUACAUAUAUUUAUUCGUGGAGGAAGUGUGUAGUUGAUUCUCAUAGAUGAAUGAUCAUGUGCCGCGCAUAACGUUAUUUUGGUUUAUUUACUUUCCGAGACAAAAGCACCAGAUUACCGGCCAAUCGUUGUUUUUUCCCCUCGGUCGAUGGCCAAGUAGCAUUAGAACAUAUAGGUUGAAAAUACAGGCAGUACAAGCCAGCGUUACUCGGCUCGAGCCAGCCAGAUAGCGAGACUGCUUAGGCCGCGACAUAAAAAUGACAGGAACCGGCUAUCAGCUAGUGAUAGGUUACCUAACCCCGUGAUCCAAUCAGAACAAAUUAACAAUAACGCGGGAACAGUCGAAAGAUGAGACACCGCUGGAACAGUCCCCUGUGAGAUGACCUGAUUCGGGCGAAAAAGUAGUGUAUGUGAGAUACGGAUUUAGUUAGCCGUGUGUAUGUUGGCUAGCUUUGUUUGGCGCCACUUUUCUUAAACGACGUAUGGACUAUGGUCCCGUUUGUAUGUGCUGAAGUAUAACUCGUAGUAAGAUGCAUGCUGCUUUCCAUUGUCAAAUGUAUCAGUACAGUAAUACCUUAUGAAGUAUUUAUGGAGGACGUGCUACCUUAACAUAAAAGAACAACAGCAAAUUAAGCAAUGUAAAUGUUGCUCUAGGUUUAUGGAUAUUGACCAAUAAAGAUAUAUGAUAAUUUCGUGAGUGUGUAAUAUGCAAACGUCGAUGCAUUUGUCACUCCAUACAAUGUAAAAUAAAGAGGCACCUUUCCCUGUCGAAAUAAAGCGCUAAAUAUGUUGCUUGUCUCUGUGGUUGAAUAUAUACGAGUUAUCGGUGCUAGUUAGCUAACGAUGAGUAGGUAUUAAAUUGGGGCAAAUUGCUGUGAAACAUGUUGUAUCAAGUUCCGAUGAGUUAUGAAAUAUAACAUUACUUUUAGCCACACCCUGUUCACUGGGAACCCACAAUGAGGGUCUAUAUAGGAUGUAAGGAAUUGGUGAGCGCCACCUUUUUACACGCCCGUUGUAAACUGUUGCAAACAUAUUGUUAACAGCAGAGGUUGCAAAAUCGGCUGGGAGAAACAAAUUCACAUUAUUGAGUCGGUCAGAGGACUUUUUAUAUGCGUCAUUUUAGAGCCGUGAUGUAGUUGCUUUCUCUAGGUUUUUGUCUUAUUUACGUCCACACAAGCAGAUGGUUGAUUCUGAUUGGCCAACGUGAACAUGCAGGGCGGAUAGAAUACUUCCCUAUAAGGAGGUGGAGGGCUGUCGGUUUCCUUUCUGGUGAAGUUUCUUGGAAACCGUGACGAAGUGGCCAAUGAGCGCACAGCUGAUUCCGAGGGACGUCGUGGUCCACGCCCCCUUGUUUUUAUUUCGGGUUGUGCUGUUUCCCUGGCUGGCGCAGGCCUCGGCUUGUGUCUGAGGAACGGCCUGGAGGAAAGACCCACAACGGGGUCUAUCACUCAAAUUCGUGGAUAGCAAUGAAGCCCUUACAAACGACUAAAGAACAGCAAACAGGAAGACAAAAAGGAGACACUUUCAACAACGGACAUCGAUGUGAUAGUGGGAGAAUUUCAGCAGGUCAUAUGCAACUGAUAUCGCCGCCCCCUGGUCUUUGUGUCUUAUGACAGCUGGAAGAACUUAAUAAGUUGAGUUGUUACAGAAGAUGUUAAAGAAAUGAUAGCAGCACCAGAAUUGCACACGGAGUUUCAUUAUCCUCAGGACACGGAUACACGCUUCUCCUCGGACACAGAUUUCGAUGAUCUCGAUGGCAGGAUUGCAACCCAAGGCAAAGGGAAGGCGAAGAAGGGGAAGAAAGCCCCGGGUGAGAGGGGCAAAGGGGCAGUAGGCAAGGGCGGAGGUGGCGGCCGCAUGAAUGGACACCACCAGGAAAACGGCAUGGAGAACAUGAUGCUGUUUGAGGUGGUCAAGCUGGGCAAGAGUGCCAUGCAGUCUGUCGUCGAUGACUGGAUCGAGGCGUACAAGCACGACCGGGACAUCGCACUCCUCGACUUGAUCAACUUCUUCAUUCAGUGCUCAGGGUGCAAAGGUGUGGUCAGCAGUGAGAUGUUCCGGCACAUGCAGAACUCCGAGAUCAUCCGCAAGAUGACAGAAGAGUUUGAUGAGGACAGCGGCGACUACCCUCUCACCAUGUCGGGGCCGCAGUGGAAGAAGUUCAAGGCCAGCUUCUGCGAGUUCAUCGGCGUCCUGGUGCGGCAGUGCCAGUACAGCAUCAUCUACGACGAGUACAUGAUGGACACGGUCAUCUCACUGCUCACCGGACUCUCUGACUCGCAGGUCCGCGCCUUCAGGCACACCAGCACACUCGCAGCCAUGAAGCUGAUGACGGCCUUAGUGAAUGUGGCGCUCAACCUCAGCAUCAACAUGGACAACACGCAGCGCCAGUACGAGGCCGAGCGCAACAAGAUGAUCAACAAACGCGCCAAUGAGCGGCUGGAGCUGCUGCUGCAGAAGCGCAAAGAGCUUCAAGAAAAUCAGGAUGAAAUUGAAAACAUGAUGAAUGCAAUUUUCAAAGGUGUCUUUGUCCACCGAUAUAGAGAUUCGAUCGCCGAGAUCCGUGCCAUCUGUAUCGAGGAGAUCGGCGUGUGGAUGAAGAUGUACAGCGAUGCCUUCCUCAACGACAGCUACCUGAAGUAUGUGGGCUGGACCAUGCACGACAAGCAAGGCGAGGUGCGACUGAAGUGCCUCACUGCUCUGCAGGGCCUCUACUACAACCGUGAGCUCAACAGCAAGCUGGAGCUCUUCACCAGCCGCUUCAAGGACCGGAUUGUAUCUAUGACGCUGGACAAGGAGUACGACGUUGCUGUGCAAGCAAUAAAACUUCUCACUCUGGUGUUACACAGCAGCGAUGAGGUCCUGACUCCCGAGGACUGCGAGAGCGUCUAUCACCUGGUCUACUCCGCUCAUCGGCCGGUUGCCGUGGCAGCUGGAGAAUUCCUCUAUAAAAAGCUCUUCAGUCAUCGGGACCCUGAAGACGACAGCAUGCCCAAGAGGCGAGGCCGCCAGAGCCUGAACGCCACCCUCCUCAAAACCACCGUCUUCUUCUUCCUGGAGAGUGAGCUUCACGAGCAUGCAGCCUACCUGGUGGACAGCCUGUGGGAGUGUGCCGCUGACCUGCUGAAGGACUGGGAGUGCAUGAUCAGCCUGCUGCUGGACGAGACCUUACCGGGGGAGGAAGCUCUGACGGACAGGCAGGAAACGGCCCUGAUCGAGAUCCUGCUGUGCACCAUCCGCCAGGCGGCCGAGUGCCAUCCGCCCGUUGGUCGUGGCACAGGGAAGAGGGUGCUGACAGCGAAGGAGAAAAAAACACAGCUGGAUGACAAGACGAGAAUGACCGAGCUCUUCGCCGUCGCCCUGCCCCCUCUGCUGGCUAAGUACUCCGUGGAUGCAGAGAAGGUGACCAACCUGCUGCAGUUACCGCAGUUCUUCGACCUGGAGAUCUACACCACGGGGAGACUGGAGAAGCACCUGGAGUCGUUGCUGAGACAAAUCAGGGAGAUCGUGGAGAAGCACACGGACACGGACGUCCUGGAGGCCUGCUCCCGGACCUUCCACUCGCUGUGCAACGAGGAGUACACCAUCUUCAACCGGGUGGACAUCGCCCGCAGCCAGCUCCUGGACGAGCAGGUGGACAAGUUCACCCGGCUGCUGGAGGACUUCCUGCAGGAGGGAGAAGACCUAGAUGAUGACGACGCGUACCAGGUGUUGUCCACACUCAAGAGAAUCACUGCUUUCCACAAUGCUCACGACCUCUCCAAAUGGGACCUGUUCUCCAGCAAUUAUAAGUUACUGAACUCUGGCAUAGAGAACGGGGAUAUGCCUGAACAGAUUGUGACCCAUGCGCUCCAGUGCACACACUAUGUAAUCCUGUGGCACUUAGCCAAGGUCUCCGAUGGCACCUCCAAAAAGGAGGACAUGGUGACCCUGAGGAAGCAGAUGAGGGCCUUCAGCUUGAUGUGUCAGCGUUACCUGACCAACGUCAACACGGCCGUCAAGGAACAGGCCUUCACUAUCUUGUGUGACAUGCUGAUGAUCUUCAGUCAUCAGAUCAUGUCCGGCGGUCGCGAGGCCAUGGAGCCUCUCGUCUACAGCCCAGACUCCUCUCUCCAGGCGGAGCUGCUAAGCUUCAUACUGGACCACGUCUUCAUCGACCAGGAUGAUGAUAGCACUGAUGGACAACAAGAUGAUGAAGCUGGGAAGAUAGAGGCACUGCACAAGCGGAGGAACCUCCUGGCCGCCUACUGCAAGCUCAUCAUCUACAACGUUGUGGAGAUGAACACCGGAGCGGACAUAUUCAAGCAGUACAUGAGGUAUUAUAACGACUACGGAGACAUCAUCAAGGAGACGAUGAGCAAGACGAGACAGAUCGACAAGAUCCAGUGCGCCAAAACCCUCAUCUUGAGCUUGCAGCAGCUGUUCCAUGAGAUGAUGUCAGAUCUGGGCCACAACUUCGACCGCUCGUCCUCGUCCUUCUGCGGGAUCAAGGAGCUGGCGCGACGCUUCUCCCUCACCUUCGGCCUGGACCAGGUCAAGACCCGAGAGGCCAUCGCCAUGCUGCACAAGGACGGCAUAGAGUUCGCCUUCAAGGAGCCCAGCCCGCAGGGGGAGGGCAACCCGCCCGUCUUCCUGGCGUUCCUGGACAUCCUCAGCGAGUUCUCCUCCAAGCUCAUGAGACAGGACAAGAGGACUGUACACACGUACCUGGAGCGCUUCAUGUCGUUCCAGAUGACGCUGCAGAGGGAGGACUGCUGGCUGCCCCUCAUCUCCUACAGGAACUCGCUGCAGGCGGGCGGAGACGACGACACCAUGUCGGUGGUCAGCGGCAUCAGCAGCCGCGGCUCCUCCGUCAGGAGCAAGAAGGCCAAACCUGCCACGGGCAAGAGGAAAGUGGCCGAAGAGGACAGCAGCAGCUGCAGCAGCGACAUGUGGCUGAACCGCGAGGCGACUAUGCAGACGCCCGUGAUGAUGCCCUCGCCGCACCUGACCUCCACAGCCAUGCGCGACCCCAAGCGCAUGCGGCCCGAGGACAGCUACAUGGGCGUCUACGGCAUGGCGCCCGACCAGUCGCCGCAGCCGCCCACCCCGCAGCCCCAGCCGCCGCAGCAGCAGCAGCAGCCCCCCACGCCCCAGCAGCACCCCCACCCGCAGACCCCACAGCCGCAGCACCACCACCAGUCUCCCAUGGACUACAACACCCAGGUGUCCUGGAUGUUGGCCCAGCGGCAGCAGGAGGAGGUGCGGCAGCAGCAGGAGCGCGCCAUGAACUACGCCAAGCUCAGGAGCAACCUGCAGCAUGCCAUUCGCCGGAACACAGGCCUCAUGGAGGAUGACGAGGAGCCAAUCGUAGAAGACGUGAUGAUGUCAUCGGAAGGUCGCAUCGAGGAUCUCAACGAAGGAAUGGACUUUGACACCAUGGAUAUUGAUCUGCCACCAUCGAAAAACCGCCGGGAGAGGUCAGAGCUGAAGCCCGACUUCUUCGACCCCGCGUCGAUCAUGGACGAAUCUGUUCUUGGAGUUUCCAUGUUUUAAGAUAAUAUUUGGAGGAUGAAGAGACAUUUUGAGAGCUUGUAGAUGCAGUACAGAUGUAUUUUCUUAAAGAGAAUAUUUCUGGUCUGGGCUCAAUGGACUUCAGGGCAUCCCGAGACAGCGUUGAUCGGAGGGGACUUGCUUAAAAUCAGUCAAACAGACAAAAUAAACAAAAUAUUUGCAGUCAUUGGGUAAGCUUUUCCCUGCAAGGUUAAAAUGGUGGCGGCCAGAUCAUGAACGCUAUGAAAAGUUGUAUUUGUCUGCCACAUUUGAAUAUAAUAAAUAUAUUUCAAAAUGGAGCAAAUGCCAUCUUGUUUUAAGAAAUAAUUCAUGAGGUUGCUCAGACUUGUGGAAUUUCUUUAACAAAAAGAAAAAAAUGAAUGCGUCUUUUGUAACUUAAAGAAUUUGUUUAAUGUAUAGCCCUUUUGUAAUAGUAAGUAAUCAGGUGUAAAGUAGUAAUUUAUAAACUGGUUAUUCAUCAUAGUAUGUAUUGAGAUUUUAACUGAGCUUUCCUUUAUGUAAAAAACUGGAGGGUGUCCUCCAGAUCUAUUUUGUGUUCGUUCUUCUGUUUUAUUCUUGAUUUUUAUUUUUUUUUUCAUUUCAUUUUACCCUACCCUACCGAUGCAGUGACAUAGCUGACACAUGGUAAACACUGAAAAGGUGGUGCAGUUAACUCUUGCCCUGUUGAAAGAUUUCCAGAGAAUAACAGAAUAGGAAGAAACCAUGGAGUUUCAACGACCAAACACACCCAAAGACUUCAACAGUUCGCUUGUCCUUUCUGGAAAGAGAAAUUAUUACAUUUUCAGUGGAGAGCUUUCCAGUCGUGCCAUUGUGUUGCUACCUGCAAGAGCAAACCUGAGUUGUCUAUUGGCUGAGAAGAAAGGGAAAAACAAACCUUUUUCCUCAAAUUCAGCUUAUUAGAGUGUUGAAGUAGGUAUCACAUUUUAAAUAAAUAAAUAAAUAUAAAUUUGGUGCUGAUUUUAUAUUUGUGUGUUAAUUUGUUUUGUCUUGAUUUUGAACACCAACCUAGAGGUCUUUUGAAAUGUAUAAGAGGGUGUUUCAAGAUGAAAGCAUGUAUAGUCAUGCAUUAAGGAAGAUUUUUAAAGUUUGUAUUUUAUAUUGUUUUGUGUCUUUUCUCUAUGUUUUGUCUUAAGAAGUCUGGGUUUAUACUUUCUUUCCUAAAUGUAAACAUGACAUUCAGCUUUCCAAGAUAAGAAAACUCUCCUAAAAUAUUUAAUCAAAAGAAAUUAUCAUGUCAAUUAACCUCUUAUUUUAAUGUACCUUUGAAUUGCUUUGGCAGCUAAACAAAGCUAAACUAUGACAUUAACUUAUAGUACAUACUUGUACAUUCUAUGAAAUGUUUUGUCUAAGGUAUAUACUUUUUAAUCAUUCCAUGCCUUGGCCUUAAAACACGCUUGUAAAAAUGUUCUCAAAAAAUGAGAUCUUCCAAUGUACCUAACUAAUGUUGAACGUUUGCCAUAUUGAACUCCUGCAAAAUACCCCCUAAAUUCAUUUAAAACUCAAGUGUAUGGCUACUGAAAGUAAAGACGUUUGUGUGAUUUACUUCAGUGAAUAUUUGGGUAAGAGAGAGUGAUGAUUUUUGUGUUUUGUCACACCACUACAUUGGCAGAACUGCUGAUUAGAUUGUGUAAAUAUACAUGCAGAAAUAUACAUGCAUUUUAACGUAAAGCUUUAUUUUCAGAUGUCUGUUUUCUUUGUUAACAUUUCUAAGUAUGUUAUUUACCCUCAUUACAGAUGUACCCACACAAACAAUUUUACCUAUUGUUUCACCCUCUGUCAUUCACUGUACUGAUUUUGAUUUGUAUCUGUCUGAAGACAGUAACUUUUUAAAAUAAAACAAACUUCCUUUGUGUGACUAAGUACCAGGGAUUGUUUUUAAGAUGUUUAUAAUAUACAUAAACGUCUGAGUAUUACAAUGUGGAUUGUUUUACCCUUUAUAUUGUAUAUUUAGCACAAAUGUACCUUUGAUAAAUUACUGUCUGCAAAAUGUGUCUCACAGGUUGAGAUAACUUCAGUUAGCUGUUUCAGUGUGUAAAAGAAUAUUUUCCAUUUCAAAUAUUUAAAUAAAAUCGUUAAUAUGUA